CUCUCCAUUCGCCCUAUCACCUACAGGUUCCUCUUUAAGAUCUAAAAUGGUCAAGUUUUAUUCCCUUGUGGCACUUUCGCUGGUUGCUGUUGCCUUCGCAGCCCCUGCAGUUCCAAUCGAAAGCUCGGAACCUCUGCGUCUCAUCCGCACUAGCGACGACAAAGACCCCAUCUGGACUACUGAGAAGGAAAGAUUCGAUCUUAUCCAGAAGGAUAUUGGCUUCAUCGACAUUACUGACCACCAGCAAGUCGAAAAUGUUAGAGCCUUCGCUGCUCCACCCAAGAAGCCUCUUCCAACGACUGUCUCCCAGCAAUCAAAGUUCACUCAAUAUGUAGGCCAAAUCUCCACUAGCAACAUGCAAACUGCUUUGACCGCAUUUACCAAGUUCAACAACCGCUACUACAAAGCGCAGAGCGGCCUUGACUCCGCCAGAUGGCUCCAUAAGCAGGUCAGUGAUAUCAUUGCCACUGCUGGUGGAAGAUCCAACGUCAGCGUCCGUCAGGUCUCGCAUAGCUUCAUCCAGUUCUCUAUCGUUGCCCGAUUUGAGGGUACAAAUACUGCUUUGAAGAACGCCCCCAUUGUUGUUGGUGCUCAUCAAGAUUCAAUCAAUUCUCGCAACCCUACUACUGGCCGCGCCCCCGGUGCUGAUGACGAUGGUUCCGGCAGCAUUGGUAUCCUUGAGGUCUUCCGUGCUCUUGUCAGCGUAGGUUUCCAGCCUGCCCGCCCCGUCGAGUUCCACUGGUAUGCAGGUGAGGAGGCUGGUCUAUUGGGCUCCCAGGACAUUGCUAAGGAUUAUAGCAACAGAGCCGUCGAGAUGCUUGCCAUGUUCCAGAAUGAUAUGACCGCAUAUGUUGGUACCAAAUACCCUGAGCACUUUGCUAUUAUUACCGAUUACGUUGAUCCUGAAUUGACUGCUCUUAUCAGACUGUAUGCCAAGACUUAUACCAACAUCGGUGUCCGUGACUCCAGUUGCGGUUAUGGAUGCUCUGACCAUGCCUCUUGGUACAGAUAUGGCUACCGCUCCUCGUUUGCGAUCGAGGCUGUCGAUACUAACCCUUACAUCCACACUGCCAAUGACGAUCUUUCAUUGGUUAAUUACGAGCACAUGAAGCAAUUCGCCAAGCUGGCUCUUGGUUUCGUUAUCGAGUUGGGUAACUUUAGCGGAUAAAGCCUCUCAAUCUCCUUCCUCUUGUCAUGGCUUUAGGGUAGCGGCAUAAACAGGAAAGGAAAAGAAAAGAAAAAAGAUCCUUCUAUUUAUUGCGCUGGACGCUUGUUUUACCCAUUCCCUUGUAU